AUGGAAUGGACCACCGGGACAAGGACUGAAACAAAAUUUUACAAGGAGCAGUAUGCGACGGUGUUCAACACAUACCUGACCCUCCUCAUCAACUUUCACGAAGGAUUUGCAAAAAAGCUGUUGAAGGUUGCACGACACCACGGAAAUGUCGCCAACGAGCCUAUCCCAAGUGCUGCUACUCAACACUUCACAGUCGACGAGUUCGCGGCGGCGGCAGCUGAGUGGGAUAAUCGCAGCGGAGCUGACUCAGAGGAUGAUAUGAUGUGGUAUGGCUAA